AUGCCGCUUGACUACCCACUUCGGCCGGGCGAAAGUUUGCCAAGUCCAGCCGAGAUUGGCGGACGCGCCCUACAAUACUCUGGCAUCGGUUCUGGCCAGUCAAGGCGACAGGCCGCGGCUGCCAAGCGCAGUCGGCGAAAAAGCAUGCCAGAUCUGCUGUUGUUACGGCGACGUAACCAUUUCUCCGGCAGCCCGACUGGUGGCUGGUGGCUGGGCGUUGGAGGAAGCUCUGCUGCGCCUGAAGAGGCGGAGCCGAACGGCUCGGCUCGAGUCUCAGACUCUGGCCAAGCGACCUGUUUACCGACGCGCUGGGGUGGCCGGAUCAGUGGCUGGUUGGGCCGGUGGGGCGGGCAGACGGCGAUUCGGAGAGAUCUGGUCGAGCCACAACUGCUCGACCAACAGGGUCUGGGGGUCGGAAAAGAGGAUGAGGCUCAGGUGAGUCUUGCGACCAUCUAA